AUGCCGCUCGCCUUUGUCGCAGCUGCCGACGAAGCGGAAGUGCUGGAGCUUCUGCAGCACAGACUGGAACUGGAUGUAACGAGCGCCGAGCCACUCUGGUGGGCCCACUUUCCGAAGUGUGGCAGCUCGCUCAUUAACGCGAUCAUCCACUUGCCUGGAGUCUGCCCGUCUUUGGCCAACACUACACUUGGUGAUGAGGGGAGAUCCGGAUGCUGGAUGGUCCGUUGGGCUGACAAGAACUGCUCCGAUCAGUGCAACCGGGAGAAGUUUUCUUGUCGAAGUUCGGGGCCUCCUCACCUCAAGCUGGGAAGCCGCUACCCAUUUCUGAAGGGCCGCAUGGUGGGCAUGUUCAGGCAGCCGGAGCAGCGAAUCCUCUCCGCGUCCCUGGGGCCGAAGACCGAAGACGGACUGCCAAAGAUGCCUUUGCUCGACUUCGCCGAGCAGUGGAGGGGUGGCAUGGCAUACCAACUGGUCGGCAAAGGUUGGGGCGGAAGUCUGGGCGGUGCUGGGAGGCCGCGCACGACACGCCACGAUGCGGCUGAAGCAGCACGCAUGGUUCGGAAAGGCUUCGCAUUCGUGGGCAUCACUGACAUGUGGGACUUAUCCAUAUGCCUCUUUCACAAAAUGCUUGGGGGAGCUUGCCAACCGUCGGACUUCGAGGACGUCAGGCCCGGUUCCCCGGGUAAGACGGCACAGGCGGAAUACAACGUCUCUGAGCUGCUGGGCUGGCAGGACGAUGCCGAUGCUGUGGUGUAUCAGGCCGCGCUCGAAGUGUUCCACAGAAACUUGGCUGCCUUCUCUGUGUCCCACAGCACGUGCGAGCAGUGCUACCGUGAUGGAGGACUCCGACAGACGGUUCCCGUCCAGACGGGCGUGGGGGAUCUCUGCAUCCCCUUGGGCAGCCAUGGGGUCACAAGACUCUUGAAUCGUCAAAUAUCAGCGCUCUUCCUCUUCACCACCAUCGACUUCUUCUCCUUCCCGUCAGCAAUCAUCUUAUCCGUUCCCAUCAUCGUCCCCGUCAUCCUGAUCGUUGUGGAAGGGCCUAAGAUCCAAUCUCCCUGGCCCCUUGCAGAGGCGGCAAAGCUCGUCGCAGAGUCAAACGUCUCGGAGGGCAGUUUCACGUCGAGGUGGCAGGGAAAUCGUGAAACAGGAUCCUGGUGUCUAAUCUACCACUGCGGAAAGCACUUGGGCCCGACUGAAUGCCAUCAUUACCGAUGCGUCUGCCAGAUGGGUUACCAGUACAGCGAGAUGACAAAGAGGUGCGAGUCUGAAAGCUCCUCGCCCGUCCAACGCGACACCGGCGGCUCCUGCUACUUUUGGGGCUGUGCACGAUGGCGAGGUCCCACGGAGUGCAUUCACCACAAGUGCAUGUGCCUAGAAGGCUAUCGGGCUGUCCGUGGGUACUGCGAGAAGCACGAGGAGCCACAGCCGAUGACAACGACCACAGCUCCAGGAGAGGGUCUGGCUGUGGCGACAGCUGACCCACCGGCCAUGCAGACGUCAUGUGCCUGGGGUGACCAACAGUGUGGUGGAGCCGGCUAUACCGGCGCAACGUGCUGCGAGGCCGGCUACUACUGCGACGGUGCUGCUUGCUCAAAGGUGACUGAAGCCGUGGAAGUAAAACAGUAUGGCUUUAGCGAUAAGCUGCGCAAGAAAAGCUCAGGCAAGCUCUUCACCUUCUAUGUCUACCGCGCCCAGGGCGCGACGACCUAUCCUCCAGAGAAUGUCAAUGUUGCCGAUCUCGCCGGGGUGAUGUGGUAUCUACAUAACGAGAUCGUCGGCCGUGCGGACUGGGGCUACAAAAGGAAGUUCAACAUCACCCGGAUCAUUCGCUACAAGAUGCAGACGAAGGCCACCCAGCCUUUGAUUGAUCGUGGGAUGAACUUCGGCGUCCGAUUCGCCUUUGACUCCGGUCAGUGCACGGGCCCCUUCAGCUGUGAUGAGGCGUGGCAGAACUAUGGCUACUUCGUGGGCUGCAACAAGCUGCAGCAGGGCUUCCCUUUCCCGGACUUCAAGGUGGCCUACGAUGGGACCUGGUACAGCCUUCCUGGCAAGUGCCCGCAGAUGCAAUAUUUUGAGAAGACCAACUCUUCCAAGGGUAGCCGUGGCCUGGAUUGCCUGUCGCAUCAGCCAGGAGGCUUCUGUGAGGAACCGUCGGGCACUGCCGAUUGCACCUACAACUUUGAAAACGCCGGCGAGAUCGAUCUGGACGAGCUCGAGCAGAUUCCGGGCGACUACAACGGUUGGAUCGGUGCUGGCAAUCGCGAGUACGACAGGAUUACCGACCACGGCACUGGCAUGACCUUCUGGGACAAGCUGAACGAUGAGGCGUUGGCGAAGCAGCGCGUGGCCAAGGCGAAGGCCCUCUUCGAGAAGCACUACCCUGGCUCCUAUGAAGGCAUCGAUGAGCCUCCUUGCGAUUUCGACUUCUUCUCUUUCUACAAGAUGGCACCGGGCGGGUACAAGGACAACGGGCCUCAGCAGCCGAAGCCGGUGACCGAGCCACCUUGCGGCGAUGCAGCGCCGGGAGACAAAUGCUACGAGGAAAUCAAGUGGGCGAAGUCCGACGGCAUCUUCGCCAACCCGUCCUGGUAUCCCGGGCUCUCCCCGACGUCGAGCGAUGCUUCUUUCCAGAAGGUGCUGCAUGGCAGCGGCGGCACCGCGUGCGCCGCUCCGUGUGAGGCGUAG